GACCAGGCUGACAAAGUUCUGCAACUCGAUGAGUUUAAAGUUGAAUACCACCCAGACGGUGAGAUUUCAGCAUGCACCUACCAGUUCGAUGAGUACCACAGAGAGCAGCUGACAACUCUGCCUCCUGCAAAACUUCUUGAGUUUGUAAGCAGGCCAUGGCAUCUGUUUCGUUGUCGUGACAACUUUGAGUUUUCUGAGGUCAUUCUUGAGGCUGGGAUGAGUCAGCAGCAGAUCAGUUGUUUGCUUGCAGUGGUGGAGUGCAUAAAGUCUGGCAGCUCAGACUUUUCUUUCGCUACACACAAAGACACUACUCCAGCCUUGUUAGUGCUCACCACUGACCUCUUAUGUAUCUAUUUUGGCAAGUAUACUAUAUCUGCCAUCUACAAUCAGCAGGAGCAUUUGUUUGAUGUCCACGCGUGGCCUCUGUGGGAAUGGGUUCUUAAUCAGGUGAAAAGUCCCCUCUUCACUUCCUUUAGUGUAAUUCUCUCAGUUGAUAAGGCCAAGCUUUCAAGAUUUGGUAUGCAGAAUGAAUACCCGGUAAUUGCACAAAUUGCAAACCUGGAUGUGGAGACACAAAAUGGCAGAGGAUCUGGUGGAGGGCACAUUGUG